AGCGCUCAAGUUGUGAGGGAUAACGACGAUGAUAACGGCGAGACAUGGACACGACCGUUAGUGGCGAUUGGUAUGGGGCUAGGCAAAUUGGUUCAACUCCGCUACCCACCGGGCUCCGGCCGGACAAACAGGUCGGACUGGCAGGUGUCACCAGAUGGGCGUUGUAUUUUUACCUCUUCAACUUCCGCCUCUUCAAGCAUAACCGUCCUUCAAACAUCAUAUAUGCCACCAGAUCCAGAAGAAAAGAAUACAAAUCGGUCUGCAAGACUAUUUGGACGUGGACGAGAAGCGAGGCGGCCUGGAGACCCACUGAUUGUAACGGGCGAGACGACAGCAUGGGAGAUCUAUAACCACAAGGCAUCGGAGGUCGAUAGGGAGAUGAUCAAGGAUUGGAACGACAGUUUGAAUACGCUGCUGAUAUUCACUGCGCUGUAUUCGGCUGUGUUGACGGCGUUCAUCAUCGAGAGUAUGAAGCUUCUAGAGGAAGAUCCGACCGAGACGACACGCGAUAUCCUCCUCAUCAUUUCCAAGCAACUGGCGAAUACAUCUCACCCCGCUUUUGAACAAGUCGCGUACGAAACUCCUCGAUAUGCCGUCGUCGUCAAUGGCCUCUUCUUCUCAAGUCUCUCGUGCGCACUCAUUGCGGCACUACUAUCAGUUUUGGCGCUACAGUGGGUCGCCAAUUACGACAUGGGUCUCAACACCUCGUCCCCUCGUAAACGGGCGCUUCAGCGACAUAUUCGGUUUCGCGGAAUCGAGAAGUGGAAGAUGGCAGAGAUCAUUGCAUCGCUUCCACUUCUCAUCUUCGUCGCGCUGUUUCUGUUCUUUAUCGGAAUAGCCGAUUGGCUUUGGCACAUGAACCGAGCGAUCUCGGGAAUUGUUAUUGGGGGAAUUGGGGUCGGAGGUUUAUUAUAUACUAUCACAAAUCUUAUCAGCAUCAUCAAAGUGGAAGCGCCAUUUCGUACCCCGAUAUCCAAGGAGCUGGUUGGUAUGGCUCGGCAGGUCAUGCGAUGGCCCCUGCAGAUCACCAAAGCCUUCUCAAGUCGGACCAGGAGUGAAGAGGCAGAGGAAGAUGAAGAAAGUGAGAAGGAGCAACAGUUGACGUUCAUCAAACAUGAGGAGAAGAAAUUCGAAGAGAAAGGCGCGAUUACGCUGGACGGACUUUUAUGGCUGGCAAAUCACACCGAGAUAUCACCAACUUCGCGUGACGCCCUGAUCAUUCUCAUCAAAGAGUUGACAGAGGUACCGGCGUUAUCACUAAUGGAUGAGGCGAAGAUGAAAGAGGCACCUUGGAAAGCGAUCUUUGAAACGUUAUGCACUCCGUAUAUAGGAAGGGAUGAAUUUGACGGGGCUGAACUGGAGAUGGCGAGAUGGAUAUGCAAAGGAAUGGGGAUAGUCCCAGCAUUCUUGUCACCCACCUGUUACCGAUUCCGUGAGGUCUUAUGCGUAUCGAACGAUCCAGCAGUAUGGAGUGUGGCUUAUUUUGCAACCUAUCAACAAAGAAACGGACCAUCUUUGCACGGCAUGAUAGUCGCAUUUGAGCUCACAAAUGAAUCCAUAGGGUACAACUAUCUUCAUUUCAUGCUACUGAAUGCCAAGAAAGAGUGGCCGGACAUGGAGACAUGGCAACGCAAACAGUUUCUCUGGUCCAUGGCACGUGCAUGGUCCAUUCCUUCCGCUGUCAUCCGGGAUGGAUCAUCCUCAAUCAUUAUUCCUGUGCACUGUAUAGAGUUGAUCCUGGACUUUGCGUUCCCACAUGUCGACUCGGGUAUAUUUGAGGCUCGUUUUCAGACAGCAGCGUGGGCGGAUGGAACAGGGGAAGUGGCCGAGUGGGCCACCGUCGUCCCUAAACUCCUUCAGAUGAUGGCACAGCAGUUAAUCGUUCAAAUAUCAGACAGGUCUAGUUCACUUGCAGAUUAUAACAAAGAAUUAGAACUAUUUUCAUCGAUAACAGGGAUAAAACGAUUGAACAUGACCCAAGAGAUGGACGAUUUCAUGUGGAUCAUGGUCACAAAAGGUGCCGGACGUGGUUAUUCUGAAACACUACGAGUAUGUGAAGUACUCUGGAAAGGACUGGGGAGCAGGUCAACCGCCCCGGCAUGGGUUGGUCUAAUUCCGGCACUAGAUGGUUUUGUGACUCGACUACCUCAAGACUCAUUUCAUUUCUAUCCAAAUGUCAUUCGUUUCAUCGACCAGCUUUUGUCAUUUAGUCCUGGGAAGGACUAUUUCGAAUGGGAGACAUUGACACCGAUCCAGGACCCAUGCAUCGUAUGGAUGGUAUCAUGGGAAUGCCCUACUGACACUCAAUUUCAUGGGCUGAGUCACCCCAAUUUCGGCAGCUGGAAUGACAUCAUGCAAAACGAAACCAUCCGUCUGUUCGAACCUCCCUUCUACACGCAACAAACCAUUGUCGAUUCAGCUGCCCGGAUCGAUUUUCUCCGUGCCAUCAUACUCGGUGGCCCAUCAAAUGUCUGCACUGCAGUGUUUAACCAGCUCCUAAGGUACGGUUGGGAUGGUGACAAUUCUGACAAGUCCUUGGCAGAUACGCACAAUGCUUCAUUUGACAGGGUGUUACACCAAGCAUCUAAUUGUGGAUGGUUCCAUGAAGAAUUCCGGAUAGUCAAUGGACUUGAUUGGUUGCCGAAAAUUGCCCUGAGUCACAUACACGAUGAUGGUGACCCUGGAGAAUACGAUAUAUUGACUG